UGGUGAAAAAUGUAAUAGACGUAUACGUUAUCGCUCCACAAUUUUAAAUAAUCAACUAGAAGAUUUAAUAAAUAAAUAAAUUUGUUUAAAUAAAUCUAUUUUUUUUUUAACCUGAUUUAUAUUAUUUCUUUUUUUAUACACCUACUUAUAUAGAAGUAUUACUUUGUUCAUAAUAGCUUUUCCAAAACAUAAAAAAAAAAAAUGUUUUUUUUUAGAAAAUGGAUUUACUUAACCAUAUCUUAAUUGAAAUUCAUCGAUUGGAUGAAGAAAUCGAUGAUAAUGAUGAGAAGGAAGUACAAAUCUCAUUAUGAACAGAAAUAUAAUAACAAAAAAACAGCGUAUGAACACGAUUGGAAGUGGACUUAUUGAAAUAGAAAGAUUUAGAAAAGGUUCAAAAACUUUCAUAAUUAAGAACUGUGAAAAUUAUAUAGAUUACAAAUUAUUUUUUAACUAUAUUUUACAUGAGUUAAUUUUAAAGUUAAGACAAUCGUGUAUUAAAACGUCGAUCAAAUUUAAUUUACACGUUGACGCUACUUACACACGUCCUAUAACACAUGAUAAACAAGAUGUGGCUUUUAAAACUUCGAAUGUUUUAGCAUGUAAUUCAUCCGAUUUCGCUAGUUUGUUAAACAUAAAGUUUGAUAAAAUAUUAGCUGAAGAAUCUGAAUUUAUUGCUAAAGGUUCAGGAUGGACACUUGUUUCAAUAGAUGGGUUACAGUUGAGAAUCAAUUUAGUAAAUCCAUUAAAAGGAGGUACAUAUUUAGAUUUACCUAAAUUUAUACGAGAAAAAAAGGCUAUUAUAAACGUUAAAAAUAAAGAUAAAUACUGUUUUAAAUAUUCUAUACUAACCAAAUAUGAUAAGCGUUCUAAUAAAUCACGAUUUAACCAAAAAUAUUUUGAUUUUCUUGAAAAAAAGAGUGGGUUAGAUUUUAAAUGUAUUGAUUUCCCAACACCAAUAAAUCAAAUUAAAAAAUUUGAACGUUUAAAUAAUGUUUCAGUUAAUGUUUAUAGUUUAAAUAAUAAAGGUACUAUUUUCCCUCUAUUUAUAAAUAAUAAAGAAGAAAAAAAUCAUUUUGAUUUAUUUUUUGUCAAUAAUCAUAAAACAUCACAUUAUUGUUAUAUUAAAGAUUUUUCAAGAUUUAUUAGAAGUCAGAAAACUAAAAAUUGUUCUAAAUUAAUUAUUUGUAAGAGGUGUUUUACAACUUUUGGAAAUAAACCAUGUAAAAGUAAACUUUGGGGUGAAACAGGAUUAACUGAACAUAAAAAAUGUGUAGUAAGAAUAAAUUAGGAAGACCGAUAAUGUUUGAAGAAGGAAAAGAAAAUAAAUUCAUAUUUUUUAAAAGUUAUAAAAAAACUUCUAGAAUACCAUUUGUUAUUUAUGCUGACUUUGAAUGUAUUUUAAAACCUAAACAGACAAAUGAAUUCACUAAUACUAGUAAAACUUAUAUCACACAUUUACAUGAAAUUAUGAGUUAUGCAUUUUAUGUAAAAGUUGACUAUAAUAUUAUCACAGAAAAGUUAAUGCAACAGUUUAAAAUUCCAACAAACAUAAUAAUUUAUAGAGGUAUUGAUGCGGCAAAAAAUUUUAUGGAAAAUAUGAUUGAUAUUUCAAAAAAAAUAAAUGAUAUUUAUCAAAUUAAUGUACCAAUGAUUACGUUGACUGAAAAGGAGGAAAAAGAAUUUCAAAUAGCAAAGGUUUGUAAAAUAUGUUUAUUAUCUUUUGAAGAAAAUGAAUUAUUUAAAGUUAGAGAUCACUGUCAUA